GAAGAACAGUUACCACUCUGAUCAACCCAUUACCAUUACCGUUACCAGUCGAAAGCAUAACAGAACAAUUCAUCGGAGCAAAAAAUACAGUAAACAAUGGCGGCGAGUGCUAAACUAACUGAAGUCCUACAAACACUCAGCGCUCAGGAUUCAACCAUAGAAUCAAAUCCAACGGUUCCACAACACGCACAAAUUCACGAACUAAACGACGACGUUGUAACGACUGAGAAACGGAAAAGAGAAGACGCCGACGAAAACGCCGACGCCGAUGGAAAACCUUCUCUCCAUCCGAUGUGGAAGACUAGUCUCUGUUCUUACUUCAGGAAACAUGCUUCAUGUAGUCACGGUGAUACUUGCCGUUACGCGCAUAGCGAAGAGGAGCUCCGGCAACGUCCGGAUAACACGUGGGACCCGACUUCGGAGCGAGGGAAAAAGGCAUUGAAAACUGUGACAGGAGAGAAAAUUGCUGUUAAAGACGGUGUUAUGAUGACGGAGCUUGUUGGUGAUGACGUUGAUGGUGAAGGUGGUGAUGACGGUUUUGCAACUAACCAAGCGCUCAGUAAAUGUUUAGUGCAUUUGCCGAUGAAAUGGAGUUCUGAGAAUUUGAGGAAUUUCCUCAAUGAGCAGGGUAUACCUUUUAAGCAUGCAAAGACAAAGAAAGGUAUGGCAAUUGGUUUCGUUACUUUUGAAGAUGAAGAACAAUUGAAGAGUUCGUCUGAGGCUUUACAAGGAAAACAAAUUGGUAACAAAACGUUAGAGGUAGCUGAUGUUAAUCCUCGAUCAUUUGAGAAGAUAAGUAACGCUAACAUUCCUUCAAGUGGGACAUUGGGUGAUGUCACAAAUGAUGAUAAUUUGGUAGUUGAUGGUUCCGAGUCAAAAAAAAGAAGCUCACGUGAAGUUGUGACUCCUCUGGCGCAUUUAUCCUAUGCUGAUCAGUUGGAACAGAAAAAAUACUCUCUCAUGCAGCUUCUCAAAAAACUUCCUAGAAAUGCUCGUAAAGCUUGUCCAAAUGGUGUUCCAGUUCCUGAAUGGAUUCUCAAGUCUAGGGAAAUAGGUGGUCUUCCAUGCAAUCUGGAGGGUAUUAUUGAAUCACCAAUUGUAAAUGGAUAUCGUAAUAAAUGUGAAUUUUCAAUUGGAUAUUCUAUGGAAGGCAAAGCAACAGUGGGCUUCAGCCUUGGAAAUUUUAGGGAAGGUGUAACAGCAGUUGAAGAACCAGUAGACUGCCCAAAUAUUUCUACCAUUGCGUGUAAAUAUGCUGCUAUCUUCCAAGAAUUUCUACAGCACACUGAUUUACCAGUUUGGAACAGAUUUAAAAACUGUGGAUUUUGGCGUCAAUUGACGGUUCGAGAAGGGAGGUCAAACGGGAAUGUUGUUGAUGGUGAAACUUUUGACGGUAUUGCAGAAGUCAUGCUUAUUGUGCAGGUUUCUACUGCAAGUUUUGAUGAUGCACAAGUAGAUGCUGAAUUUAAGAGGCUUGCUCAGGCAUUUGUUACAGGAGCUACCUCUCAUUGUCCAACUUUACCCCUUACAGCUCUGAUUGUUCAGGAUCACCAAGGAAUAUCCAAUGUAGCACCAUCUGAUGCACCAUUGCAUUCACUUCCCAUAGCAGCUGGUGAUCCUGAGAGGGAUGUAAACAUUAGUGCAGCAGAUGUGAGAAUCCAUGAUUAUAUUAGCAGUCUCCGGUUCUCUAUAUCUCCAACCUCAUUUUUUCAGGUUAACACACUUGCUGCCGAGAAAUUAUACUCCCUUGCUGGAGAUUGGGCAUGCUUAGGUCCUGAUACAUUGCUAUUCGAUGUUUGCUGUGGGACUGGAGCAAUUGGCUUGACAUUAGCACAUCGUGUUGGAAUGGUGAUUGGAAUAGAAAUGAACGCUGCUGCUGUAUCUGAUGCUCAUAAGAAUGCCGAGAAUAAUGGCAUAAAAAACUGUAGAUUUAUUUGUUCAAAGGCAGAGCAAGUUAUGGGAUCUCUGUUAAAGGAAUACCUUGAAGUGCCCAAGGAACAAGAUGACGUUCCUGAAAACAAUGCCUGCCCAGAACCCGAAAAUGGUGAAAGCGCAUCUCACCGUUCUGAAAAUAACAAUUCAGAAAUUGAAAAUGAUGUUCCAACGGGUAGCACUUCUGAAAAUGGGAAUACUUCCAUGAAACAGUUUAAAAAUGUUGUUGCCAUUGUUGAUCCUCCUCGUGCUGGACUUCAUCCAACUGUAUUAAAAGCUUUAAGAACUCAUACACUCCUGCGGAGGCUCGUUUAUAUAUCAUGUAAUCCUGAAAGUUUGGUGGCAAAUGCUAUUGAGCUUUGUACGCCAUCCCCAACAGAAAUUGAGAGAGGAAAUAAAGACAACAGAGGAUGGAGACGGAUGAGUAGUGCUGGUCUAGCUCGGCAUAGGGCAAAGUCCAUGCCCAUUUCAGAAGCCUUCAAACCCGUAAAAGCCAUGGCUGUUGAUCUUUUUCCACAUACUCCACAUUGCGAAUUGGUUAUGCUCCUUGAGAGGUAGGUGGACCAGAGUUUGGGUUGAAGUCUAUUUUAUUUGCUAGGGCUUCAAAUUCAAUUGUCCAACAAAAUUUUGGCUGCUUUACAAGCUGCUAUGAAUGUUAGUUAGUUCUUAUAUAUUUUGAUAUUGUGCUCUUUUCUUUAACCGCACUAUAACUUCCUUUUUGAUGUAUGUAAUCAUGAAGCAUUAUCUACAUCUUUGUAUUUUUCUUGAACUUGAUUACUGCUGUGAAACUUCUUUGGGGUUAUAGUUAAUCUGACAUUUGUUCUAAUUCUAGUAUGA